AUGGCGUCCUCCGUAGUGGCAAGGGGAGCGGCUGGCGGGCGGCAGGCCCUACCGCCAGCGGGGAGCCUCGGGCGGCUAUUCCCGCGCAGAAGCUGCGUGACGGAGCUGAGCGCUCUGGGGGCCAGGCCGCCGGGCCGCGGCCCCCUCGUCCCCUUCGGGCUGCUGCGGAAGCUGCAGCGCGCCCUGCGCCGGGCAGGUUCUCCUGUGUAUCUCCAUGAGCUACUGGAAGGCAGCGAGAUUUAUCUCCCUGAAGUGGAGAAACCUCCAAGGAACCCAGAGCUGGUGGCCCGUCUGGAGAAGAUAAAGGCUAAGCUAGCCAAUGAGGAAUACAGGCGGAUAACAAGAAACAUCAACUGCCAGGAACUGAACCGAUACGGGACUCUGGCUGACUUGGGAAAGCAAGUUAGGUCCAUGAAAGCCUUGGUCAUCACCAUAUUCAACUUCAUUGUCACAGUGGUGGCUGCAUUUGCCUGCACAUACCUGGGCAGCCAGUACAUCUUCACAGAAAUGGCAGCGCGUGUGCUGUCAGCUGUGAUCGUGGCCUCAGUGGUGGGCUUGGCUGAACUGUACGUGAUGGUGCGGACCAUGGAAGGGGAGCUCGGACGAUUGUAGUCAGGCGGCUUUCACUUAGACUGUGAUCCUUUUGCUGGAGGUCUUUUCCUCCCCUGUGGGUUAUUAAUUUGUUCACAGGUACGUUUGGCUUUGGUCCAUUGGGUUGCUGUGCUUACUGCAGUUUCCUCACACUAUGUCCCUUAUUCCUGCCAUGUUUGAAAUGAAUCACCAGAUGCACUGAAUGGGGGCCUUGUGGCAUGGAACAGAAGAGUCAGCAGCAGUGGGAGGUUUCAAAUCCACGACUGCCACAGGGAGGAGUGAGGGGACUUAUUGCUGCCUCAUCUUCUAGCGCUGAAGCUGCUGUCCCUUGUUCAAAAUAAAUGGGUUCUGUGUGCAUUAGAA